CAAGAGAAGCCAAAAUUGUGGGGCCCGGCCGAAUCGCGUUGUCUGCUAGGGCCACUUUCAUGGCCCUCUACGAGCUCUUCUCGCAUCCCGCCGAGCGCGGCUACCGCGCGGGGCUCUGCUCCAAGGCCGCGCUGUUCCUGCUGCUGGCCGCCGCGCUCACCUACAUCCCGCCGCUGCUGGUGGCCUUCCGCAGCCACGGUUUCUGGCCGCAGCGAAGCAGCUACGAGGAGCAGCCGAGCGUGCGCUUCCUGCACCAGGUGCUGCUCGUGGCGUUGCUGGCCCCCGAGCCCGGCGGGUUCCUGGCCUGGAGCACGUUUCCCGCCUUCAACCGCCUGCAGGGGGAUCGCCUGCGGAUCCCCCUCGUUUCCACUCGGGAAGAAGACAGCAACUACGAUGGGAAACCCGACAUGCUACACUUUAAGCUGGAGCUUCCGCUGCAACCUGAGGAGCAUGUGGUGGGCCUGCAGCUCCUCCUGACCUUCUCCUACCAGCUGCACAGGAUGUCCACGUUUGUGAUGCAGAGCAUGGCCUACCUGCAGGCGUCCUAUGCCGUGCCAGGAGCCCAGGUCUACGUGAACGGGGAACUGAGGCUACAGCAGAGGCAGCCUCUGAGCUACCGUGGCCUGGAUACACGCUACAACGUGUCGGUCAUUAACGGAACCAGCCCCUUUGCCUGGGAUUAUGACCUCACUCGCAUUAUUGCUGCCUACCAGGAAAGGAAUGUCACCACUGUCCUUUCGGUCCCCAACCCUGUCUGGCUGGUGGGAAGGGCCACUGAAGCUCCAUUUGUGGUUGAUGCCGUGAUCCGAUAUCCCCUGGAAGUCAUCGCUUAUCGCCCAGGCUUCUGGGAAAUGGUCAAGUUCGCCUGGAUCCAGUAUGUCAGCAUCCUGCUCAUUUUCCUCUGGGCAUUUGACAGAAUCAAAAGAUUCGUGUUUCAGAACCAGGUGGUGACCACCAUCCCUGUCCCGGUGCUGGCACCUGGCGAGCUGCAGAAGGAACACCUAGCCUGAGGGACUGAGUGAACGCUCGGCGGGACCUGCCCACCUUACAGGUAUCCUCAGAGAGCUGCUGUAGGGGACAGUUCUGGACCAAGUUCCGGACAUUUGUGAUGGGUCUCAGUUUCUCCUACACUCAUUCCCUGACUCUUUAGCCCUGGCUAUAUCCUCAGGGACAGGCCAGAGGGACAAGGACUGGGGGGUCUCAACAGGCUGUCGUUUGACUUCUCUGCCUUCAGCUGAAAUGUUUGGAGCAAACAUCCUGGGAAGAAUCCCAACUCUCAUCGGGCAAGACUGCACCACUCCAGGACUGAGAACCAAGCCCCACAUUUCUUCCACCCUAACCUACCUUUUCCUCUUUCAGCCUUCUCUGGGGAGAGACAGAGGCAGAUGGAUCACACUCCUGGCACCCAAAUUUCUUUUCAGACUUUAUUUCCAGGAAUGAGGGACCUUUUGUGAAGAACUGGGGAGCCUCAAUGAGGGGCAGUCAUUUCUUUUAGGGGG